CAAAUAUUUCAUUUGGAAUAGCGCUCUCAGACAGGCCACGUUAAUAAAGCGAUUAACAAAAGUUGAAGAAUUUUAUUGAAUAGUAUUUCAAAAUGCAAUUUAUAAAACUAUUUUUAUUGAUUGGAUGCAUUUCAAUAACCGCCGCUGACCCAGAUGCAGUGAAUCAACUAAAGGAAUAUGUAAAUUGGUUUGUGAAAUAUGGUGAAGGAAAUCCAAUUGAAACUAAUGAACAUGAAGUAACUUUAUUUGAUGAAUGUCUUGGUACUACUGACAAUGCGGUUAUAUGGAAAGCCCUCUUUGAUGGUGUAGAAGUUGCUGUCAAAUUCUUUACAAGAAGAGAAAAUAUGGACAACGAGGUUUCAUCUUAUAAGGCUUUGAAUGCAAUUGACAAUGAAGAUAUUGAAAAAUAUGGAAUUCCCAGAAUUUAUUACGUUGGAAAAAUGUUCGGAACAAGUCCUGUUAUUGUAAUGACUCUGUUUGACGAAAGUUUAUUUCGUCGGUGGAAAAAGCAAAAUAUGUACAUCAGGACAUAUAGCAAUUUACAAGUGUUUUUGCAAUCGGUUAAAGCGCUCCAAUAUAUGCGAAGCAAAAGAGUUUUGCACAACGAUAUUAAGCCACAAAAUAUCUUUCUUCGUGGCAAUAAUGUUUUCGUUGGCGAUUUUGAUCUUGCCACAUUGAACGGUAAACAGGGUAAAGGUGGUACCCUUAAGUACGCCUCAGCACACAAAUUUAAUAAUCAGAGUCGAACGGCAAUGGACGAUCUAGAGUCGUUAAUUUAUACAUUUUUUCACAUGGAAAGUAUCUUUGUAGAUAUGCCAUUUGGGUAUAUUGUAUCAAACCAAACCGCCAAAGAAAAUGAAGCUUUUAUAUUGGAACAAUGUGAACAUUUUCAAAAUUUUCCAAUCACCCAAAAAGCGUGCAAAUUUAUUUGUAAGGAUGAAAUGCUAUCUGGACGGUCCGUUCCCGCAUAUAAAGAAAUCAUUGGUCACUUGAAAGCGGCAAUAAAAGAAGUGCAGGAGAUCACUCGACAAACAGAAUUUGAAUGGAUUACACCUCCACCGGCCGUUCCUUCACAUCUAUCAAAAGCACUUACCAAAUCAACAUCGGCGGCAUCAGCACCCAAACCAAAACCGAUGAAAACAUAUAAUAAAUCAAUAUCAUCACCAGCAAUAGUACACGAACAAGAAAUAACACCACCCCGGAAAUCCAUAUCAAAUCUUUCAAGAGUGUUUAGUUUCGGAAAGUGUUUAGCUUCGGAAUAGUUGAUAAUUUAUUGCACAAAAUAAAUGGGCUCACUAAUUGUUUUUCAAUGAUUAAUAAAAUUUGAUGAAAUUUAGAAACCAGUAA